AUGCUUUCAAUACCCGAAAUUGAAGACUCUAGCGCAGUAUUUGCUAAUGCUACUUUUGAAGAGAUCUUGGAUGAUCUAUCGAGUCGGUUUAUUAUUAACGUUCCCGAAGCAGAACUUGCUUCUGUCGAGCGUAUUUGCUUUCAAUGGGCUCACGAACAUGAACGCGCGUAUGCAGACUUUAUGCAGUACCGUUUUCGUAUUCCUGUUUGUGGUGCUAUUAUUCUGAAUACGACACUUGACAAGUGUUUAUUGGUCAAAGGUUGGAGUUCGAAGUCUGGUUGGGGAUUUCCAAAGGGAAAGAUAAAUCAAGAUGAAGAAUAUGAUUGUUGUGCUGUGAGAGAGGUGCUGGAAGAAACAGGGUUUGAUAUUGGUCCACUUUUGAAGAAGGCGGAUUAUAUUGAACGUACAAUACGAGAACAACGUAUUCGAUUGUAUGUCAUUCAAGGCGUUUCUGAAGAUACUGAAUUUGUCCCUAGAACGAGAAAAGAGAUCAGUCAAAUCUCUUGGAUUAAAUUGGAGGAUUUACCUACUUAUAAAACACAUGAGUCUAAGUCAGUGAACAGUGCCAAUUACAGUUACUUUAAAUCAGGACCUCAUCGUUUUUAUAUGGUUGUUCCAUUCAUAGCUAAACUAAAGCAAUUUGUUAAUCAGCGUAAAAAGGCUUUGAAAAAAGACAAAAAGUCCAAUGCUUCACCUCGAACACCAAAACAACAACAACAAAAUAUACCUCAAAAGCCAACUGAAUCCUCCGACGCACUAAAGUCACUUUUAGGUGUUUCUGAAUCUUCUGGAUUUGCUGCUUCUCCUGCUGUAUCUCAACCUCAUCCAGAUCAUCAGCCUCCUCAAGUCAAUGGCAAUAUGCUUCAACAAUUACUUCAUCCUUCUUUGUCUACACAGCAGUCAAAUUCACCAAAACAACAUCGUUCUCCUAAACCAAAGGCCACUAAGCAAAAGCAACAACAACAACAACAACAACAACAACAGCAGCAGCAGCAGCAGCAGCAGCAGCAGCAGCAGCAGCAACAGCCAGAUCUUUUGCAAAUGUUGAAGCAAGCAGAACGAAAAAGUCCAAAGCAGCAAAAAGAAAAGGAUAAACAAGAACAGCCAGAUCUUAUACAGAUGUUGAAACAAUCAGAACAAAAAAACCAAAACCAAAAGCAAGAGCAAGAACAACCCAAUCUUUUACAGAUAUUGAAACAGUCUGAAAAGAGAGAACCUAAACAGCAAAAGGAGCCCAAACAACGAAAGGAGCCCAAACAACAAAAGGAAGAAACCCCACUUAAACAAAUGAGUAUUCUUAUGUUUACGAAAGAUACGACUGCUGAGCAAGAGCAACCCAAUCUUUUACAGAUAUUGAAACAGUCUGAAAAGAGAGAACCUAAACAGCAAAAGGAACCCAAACAACAAAAGGAGCCUGAGCAGGAAGAGGAAAAUCCCCCACUUAAACAAAUGAGUAUUCUUCAUAUGUUUACGAAAGAUACGCCUGCUGAGCAAGAGUCAAAGCAAUUUAAAAAUCAGCCAGAUCUUUUGAAGUUACUUCAAAGAGCUACAAACCCUCAGCAAGAACAACCAACACAUGUUCAUCGUGCUUCCUUUGUUGAAGAACUACUCAAACAACAACAACAACAACAACAACAACAACAACAGCAACAACAGCAACAACAGCAACAGCAACAACAGCAACAACAAAAUCCUGCAUUUUUGACUACAGAUAAUAUGCGUCGAAACUCAUUGUUGAGUGUCUUGCAAGGAGGAUCUCAAGAACAUCCACCUCUUGCUACGCCUCCAAUGCAUCAACAACUAAACAAUCCUUUGGAUAUUCUUCUUAACCCUCAACAACAACAACAACAACAUCCUCUUCAAAGUACACACCCAUAUUAUGGACAGUGA